GACUCAUUCUUUCCAAUGUACUGCCCUAUACAAGGCGACAUCUAGUGUAUAUAUAUCUAUGACCAGCGGUCACGAGCAGGGUUGUUAUGGCGCAACGUGGAGUCUAGCGACACCUACAGGUCCGGAGGAGAUCACAAUAUUAUACUGGAGUGUUUACUGUAGCCAAGGCAGAACAGCUCUCACACUCCUUUGUGUUUAGACUUGCUUGCCUUUCUGUCUUUUUAUUAUUAUUAUUAUUAUUAUUAUUAUUAUUAUUAUUAUUAUUAUUAUUAUUAUUAUUAUAUUUACAUUUUUCCUCAUAAGUAUUUUUGCUCCUUCUUUUUAGGUAGACACAUUUUUCCACUACCAAGUGGAGGAGUAAGAUGGAGCUAAGGGGAGAGAAUCAAACACACGCUGUAUUUGAUCUGGUUGUGACACAUGUUGUGCCUCAGGAGUGCGUAUAAAUCUUUCAUUAUUUGUUUUCGUAUUAAACAAAACUGCAGCUUCUUAACAAACAAUCAUGGAGGACAGUGAAAUGUGGCAACAAAAGCUUGACAAACAGCGAAAACUUUUGAUGAAGAAGCAGCUAAAAAGAAGAACUAACGCUCAGAUGAUGACAGCAAAUCCUGAUGCUCGUCCAAAGAAUCGUAGGCAGAAACCUGCAGCUGAAGACACAGCUCUGUUGAUCAGUCAGUCUCAAAGCAACACCUCCUUAAAUGACACACAGCUGGAGCAUGGCUAUGAUAACAUGCUUGAAGAGAUCGAUCUUAAUGAAAUGAUCAUUUCACCUCAAAUGAUACCAGAGGACACAAUGCCACCACUUCCACCUGUUAAGACAAUUGACCUGGAUACAGAUAAUCAAAUAACUCCCAAACACACACCAAACACACCAAAGAAAAUAAAAAAAGAAGUUGAGAAAAAGACUCAAACUAAAGCACUUGAUCAUCAUGAUGUUGGUGACGGUCGAGAAAAGCAAGCGAAGAAUCCAGUGAAGAAAAAGGCAAAAAGAACGACAGAGGAAGUGCAAACAGUUGAGACCGAUGCAGUGGUGGAGUUCAACAUUACUGACACAAACAAAACUGAAACAGAGAGUGAGGAUGAACAAAAAGACUGGUCAGAGAGUCCUGUGCCCCCCACACCAAAGAAAAAACAUGUUUUAUCUACUUCAUACCUAAAUGACUCUGAAGAUGAAACAGAAGUCAAAGAGAAUAAGGAGGAAAAUCCAAAACCACAGAAAAAGUCCAAAAAAUCUAUGAAGAAUGAUUAUGAUCUUGCGUCACUAAAUUCUAACUAUAAACAUUUCUCUUCAGAGAGUAACUCAUCAGACAUGGGAAAGUCCUUGCCAGUGUCUUUAGAGGACCUAGAACAGUUUGCUCUUCACCCUGCCCCAAGAGAUGUCACUAUUCAGUGUAGAAUCACCAGAGACAGGAGAGGAAUGGAAAGAGGAAUCUAUCCUACAUAUUACCUUUACAUGGAGAAAGAGGAUGGAAAAAAAGUCUUUCUCAUGGCUGGAAGAAAACGUAAGAAGAGUACAACAUCAAAUUAUUUGAUUUCCAUUGAUCCUACUGAUUUAUCCCGAGACACCAGCAGCUACAUAGGCAAAUUAAGAUCAAAUGUUUUAGGCACCAAAUUCACUGUAUAUGAUAAUGGAGAGAAUCCAGAAAAGAAGCCAUUUGUAAAGGAGAGCGAAUCACUUCGACAAGAGCUUGCAGCAAUAUGUUAUGAAAAAAAUGUGCUGGGUUUUAAAGGCCCCAGAAAAAUGACAGUGAUCAUUCCUGGCAUGCUUGAGAAUGAUGAAAGAGUCUGUAUUCGUCCAAAAACUGAGCUUGAAUCUCUUCUUAUUCGUAAUGAAAAUGGCAACAAAGAGAAUUUAGUUUGCCUUGUAAACAAAUCACCAACUUGGAAUGAGCAGACACAGUCUUAUGUGCUCAAUUUUCAUGGUCGAGUUACACAGGCCUCUGUCAAGAACUUUCAGAUUGUUCAUCCUGACAAUGAGGACUACAUUGUUAUGCAGUUUGGAAGAGUGGCAGAAGAUGUGUUUUCCAUGGACUACAGCUUUCCCUUGUGUGCACUACAAGCUUUUGCCAUCACUUUGUCCUCCUUCGAUGGCAAACUUGCUUGUGAAUAAAUAAACAGUUUUGAUAUUUAAAGAUCUUUACUUAUUGAUGUAAAAGAUUAGUUGUAGAUUUAUGUAUUCUUUACAAUAUAUUAUAUAACAUUAAUAAAUAAUAGAAUUUCAUAUUAUACUUUUUAAAUCAUUUGUGUUUUGAAUGUUAGGUUGAGUAGUUUGUAAAACUACAAAAAACCAAUAAGAAAAAUAUUAGCCUUUAAUUGUAAGGUGUGUAUGUACAUCAUAACACUUUAUAAAUAAUAAAGAAGGAAGUUGACAUUUUUGAGCCUUCUGUUGCCUACAAGUUGAACUGCAGCCAUUAACUGUAAGCUGUAAACUUUCCGCUUUCUACCAAUUAAGUAUAGGAUGAUUUCAUGUGAUUUUGAAUUGUUUUUGUGCAUUAAAU